UUCCAUGGACAGAGUUUCGAAAAAUGGAGAAUGAUAACUAUGACGUCGAAGAACAAGGAUGCAGUGUAUUCAAUGGAAAGCAUGGAUAUUUUGCAAGAUCAUGCUGCGUGGUCUUCAUACUCAUUAUCUGUGUGAUAUUCGUUUUUUCAGUGAUUUUCACAUUUAUGCAAAAUCCUAUAAAUUUAAACUCUGACAAUGGGUUUAAUCAAACAUCCGGGAACACUUCAUCACUAGAAGCAACAACUUUGAAACCCAAAUUUUCGUCACUAAUGACCACAACGCGACGGUUCACUUUCGAGCAGCUAUUUUCCGGGAAACAAUUUCUAGUAGACUAUUAUGAUUAUAUUUGGUUACCUGAUGGAUCGUUUGUCCAGAUGAAUGAUGAUUUUACGAUAAGGAAACAAAUGAAAAAGAUUCCACUUGGAUCCUCUGUUGCGGAACCUUUUUUUAAUAAUGGGGAAUAUGUGAAGGCCCUCUCUUCAAACAUGAAAUAUGCAUAUGGUUCGAAGAAAGUGAAUGAGCUUUGGAGGCAUUCUGCAGAAUAUCUCUACCACAUUGUAAAAAUCAACAAUAAAACUGUAUCAACUGAACAAUGGCAUGUUGGCCCUGAAGAAAACUCGCUGAUUCAAGCAUUCUACUGGAAUCCGAAUGCAAGCAGCAAUGACUUUGUAUAUGUUCACAAUUACAAUUUGUACUAUCAAAAAGACCCCGAAAAACCAGACGGAGCAAUUCAGCUAACAGUUGGUGGAUCUACUUUCAAUAGAUUUGGGCUAGCAAAUUGGUUGUAUGAGGAAGAGAUUUUAGAAGCAUCAAGUGCAGUAUGGUGGUCACCGUCAGGAAGAUACGUGUCAUAUUUGAGAUUUGAUGACCGUGAAGUGAAUCGAAUAUUUCUCCCCAAAUACACUGACGACGACAGUUACGUUGAAUAUUUUGAGCUGCCUUAUCCAAAAGCUGGCGUUCAAAACAACACCCUCGUCACGCAAUACAUUUGGGACAGUGAAAAUCACAAAAUAGUAGAGACCGCUCCACCAAAUGAAUUGUCAGCUGCAAAUGGUGACUACUAUGUUCUUACCAACAAAUGGAUCACCAUGCCUAGGAAUGGAAGCGAUUUGGGAGAAGAACGACUGGUGACAGUUUGGGCAAAUCGAGAUCAAAAUCAUGUAUACUUUUCACUGUGCAAUGAGCAAGAUUGCGUUAUGGCCUUAUCGUUCCAAUUUUCAAUCGACAAUAGGCAAUUGUGGGUGUCGCCGAAAGAUGUUCGAGGUGUAUUUCCAACUGAAACCGGAUUUUUGACAGUACUCCCACAUAAGCAUGAUGACGGUAAUAUCUACAACCACGUUGCACAUGUUGAGCUCGAUGGAACCGGAACUGGAAAAAUCACGAAAUGGAUAGGAGAAAAUUUUGAUGUCAUACUGGUUCUCGGGUAUUCCUCGAAAAUUGAUGCACUGACGUUCAGUGCGUAUGGAGAUGGUGUGGGAGAGUUCAGUACAUAUAUUGUACGAGAAGCGAUGUACAGUAAUAAAAAGACAACACUUCAAAAAGUCACCGACCAAUUUGAAGAUUGUAAAACUCUAGGAUCUCAGUCAGCUGACCCAACUGGACAGCGUAUCGUUGUGCAGUGUGAGAAGCCGUUUGAUAAUACAAGACUAUAUCUUGUAGAUGUUGUAGACACAACCAAAAAAAUAAUGUUGGAGGGAGGAACUAAGGCAGUCAUUCCAUUUGACGUACCGAAUAUGAAGUUCGGAAAGUUGAAGUUACCAUCUGGAAUCGAUGGACACUAUAUGAUGUUAACGCCUGCAAAUCUUCUAGAUGGAGCAAAAAUUCCACUGUUACUUGAUAUCUACGGUGGGCCUGACAGUAAGCAAGUUUUCCAAAAAACUCCCACAGCGCACGCAAUUCAAAUAGUAUCUCAAUAUGACAUUGCGUAUGCAAGAAUUGACGUUCGUGGAACUGGAGGACGAGGUUGGGAUGUGAAAGAAGCGGUGUAUCGAAAGCUAGGUGAUGCUGAGGUUGUUGACACUCUGGAUAUGAUUAGAGCAUUUAUUAAUACUUUCGGGUUUAUUGACGAAGAUCGGAUAGCAGUCAUGGGAUGGUCGUACGGUGGCUUUUUGACGUCGAAAAUUGCUAUCAAAGAUCAAGGAGAAUUGGUAAAAUGUGCGAUAUCAAUUGCACCAGUCACUGAUUUCAAAUACUAUGACUCUGCCUACACCGAAAGAUACCUUGGACAACCAGCGGAGAAUUUGCAGGGAUAUAUCAACACAAAUGUCAUACCUCACGCUAGGAAUGUAACAAAUGUCAAAUACUUAUUAGCACAUGGAGAGCGUGAUGACAAUGUGCAUUAUCAAAAUAGUGCGAGAUGGUCGGAAGCACUUCAGCAAAAUGGGAUACACUUUACACAGCUUGUGUACGCAAACGAGGCUCACAGCUUGAGCCACAAGCUGUUCCAUUUGUACGGAGAAGUGCAACGAUUUUUGAUGAAUGAUUGUUUUAAAUCCAAUCUAGAUUUAUUAUGAAAUGCUGUUCUGCUUCCGCAAAAAUAAAUUGUCUGAAAGCUUUU